AUGAAUUGCUAAAAUUCUAAAUGCAAUUAGUAGAUACAAUACAACUCUAUUAUAAGUGGUACCUAAAUAACUUGUGAUAAUUGUUCAAAUGCCUUUUAUUGUUCAACCAAAUGUAGAGACUUUGAUUGGUACAUUGUGAUUACAAUUGGUAUAGGGAAGGAAAUCAUCAAAUGGUUUGCAAUGAUUUAUUUGAAAAAGUUCCUAAAUUAACUGUAAGUUAAUUAGAUGAUUAAAUCAAACAAAUAGGACAAGGUAGUUUUGGAAUUGUGUACUUAAAAUAACUUAAUGGAUAUAAUUUUGCUAUAAAAAAAAUAAAUAAAAAUCUAGCUUACAGAGAACUUAAAAUACACAAAUAACUAAACCAUAAAUAUAUUAUCUAGUUAUUAUAGUUUAUAGAAAAAGAUGAUCAUAUUUAUUUAAUUUUAGAAUAUGCAAGUAUUGAUUAACUUUUAAUAUAAUUAGAAAAUGGUCAUUUGAAAAUUGAUACAAAUAUAGAUCCAAAACGAAUAAUACUAUAAUUGUGUAUUGCACUUCAAUAUCUUCAUAAAAAAGGAAUAAUACAUCGAGAUAUUAAACCUAAAAAUAUUUUACUAGAUGGUAAUAAUAAUGUUAAGUUGUGUGAUUUUGGUUUAGCUACUUAUAAAGAUAUUAUUAGUAACUUUUCUGGUACUUAUGAAUUUAUGGCACCUGAAAUUAUUUAAAAUUAUCCUCAAUCAUAUUCUGUUGAUAUUUGGAGUCUAGGUUGUCUCUUAUAUUGGAUGCUUGAAAAAAAACCACUUAUAACAGGUAUUUCUAAACUAUUAUAUAUUUAAUAGGUAAUGAAACUGAAAUGAUUGAAUAAAUCUUAUAUUUUACAAAACCACAGUUCACUAUUACUGAUAUCUAUGCCAAAGAUUUAUUAAUCUAAAUGCUUACUCCUGAUCCUAAUAAUAGAAUCACACUUAAUCAAAUUAUUAACCAUCCUUAUUUAAAUAGAGACAAUCAAAUUCAUUUAAAAAGCGAAGAAAUCUCAAAUUCAUGUUCAGAUGAAACAUAAGCAAGUUAUCUUCCUAAAUAAAUUGUUCCUCCAAUACAAAAUGAAGAAAGUAACACCUUUAAAAGAAUAGCCAGAUUAUUUUCAUGCAUGACUAGAGAUAAAUGA